CGCGCGCGGGGGGCGGGCGCGAGGGAGGAGGCAGCGGCCGCGGCGCGUGCCAUGCGCGCGGGGGGGCGGGCCCGGCGGCGUUAACCCCCUCGGCGACCGGCGGCCGUGACCCCCCCUGCCCCCGGGGCCUCGGCCCCGCGCCAUGGCCCGGGCGGCCUGAGCGGAAGCGGCCCCAUGCGGCGCGGGUAGCGCCCCGUUUCCCCGAGGGAGCGCGGCCCGGUGCCAUGGCCGACGCGGCGUCUGCCGAGCCGGGGCCGGAGCCCCAGAGCGACCCGGAACCCCGCGGCGAGCCCGAGCCGCGGCCCCAGCCGGAGCCCGAGCGCGGGGAAGCGGCGGCGGACGGGCAGCCCGAGCGAGUGCCGCCCCCCGGGGCGGAGGAGGCGGCGGGCGCGGGCGGCGAAGAGGAGCGGCCGGCGGUUGGUGCGGCGGCGCGUCCCGGGUUCGGGCCCCGGUACCGGCCGGCCGUCGGUCGCGCGGAGGAGUGGCCGGUGAAGAAGAAGCACCGGCGGCGGCCGUCGAAGAAGAAGCGGCGCUGGAAGCCGUACUCGAAACUGAGCUGGGAGGAGAAGCAGCAGUUCGACGAGCGGCAGAGCCUCCGCGCGUCCCGGCUGCGCGCCGAGAUGUUCGCCAAGGGGCAGCCCGUGGCCCCCUACAACACCACGCAGUUCCUGAUGGAGGACCACGACCAGGAGGAGCCCGACCUCAAAACCGGGCUGUACCCGCGGCGAGCCGCCGCCAAGUCGGACGACACGAGCGAGGAGGAUUUCCUGGAGGAGGCGGCGGAGGAGGACGGGGGCAGCGACGGGAUGGGGGGCGACGGCAGCGAGUUUCUGCAGCGGGACUUCUCGGAGACCUACGAGCGGUACCAUGUGGAGAGCCUGCAGAACAUGAGCAAGCAGGAGCUGGUGAAGGAGUACCUGGAGCUGGAGAAGUGCCUCUCCCGCAUGGAGGAGGAGAACAACCGCCUGAGGAUGGAGAGCAAAAAACACGGGGGGGACGCGGCGGAGACGGCGCGGCUGCGGCAGCUGGAGCUGGAGGUGGACAGGCUGCGGGCCGAGAACCAGCGGCUGCUGCGGGAGAGGGACCUGCCCGGCCCGGAGAAAGGGCCCUGCGUGCCCGCCGAGUGACGCUGGGGGCGGGGGAGGGGGCGGGCAGGGGGCGGCCGGGCGCCCCUUGCUCGGGCGGGUGGGGGGUGAUGGCGGGGAGGGAGUUGGGGGUCAUUUUUUUUUUGUGUCUAAACCAAAAAGAAAGGAGGAAAAAACCUGCCCAGGAAAGCUGUAAAUUGGCCAAAAGUGACUAUAAGAAUAUAGAGGUCUAAUAAAUGUAAUGACUUGUACCUGUAA